UGCUUUUAUGACUUCUCUGCUCAAGUGGAUCCGAGCAUCUAUCCAUCCUCGCAGAGUUCCUUUACCUCCUCGGCGCUUCCCAACUACCGGGUUCACGACUAUUCCGGCAUCCACAAUCCUCGAGGAAGAGCACUUCGACUCCUUCAGGAAUGGCCAUUACUACCCUGUUAACAUUGGGGAUGUCUUCGCCUCCAAGUAUCAGGUCAAUGGGAAACUAGGAUACGGAUCAACAUCGACUGUCUGGCUAGCUCAGGAUCUCCAAUCUCAUCGCUACGUGACCCUCAAGAUCUAUACCCGCGAUGAAUCCCAUACCGAAGAGUCCAAAAUAUAUCAGCACAUAAGUCAAGCCAACCCAUCUCAUCCCGGAUACGGCUAUGUACGAACGGCGCUUGAUACUUUCAUUAUUCCCCGGUCUGGCGGCGACCAUCCCUGUCUAGUCCAGCAACCCAUGUGGGAUAGUUUUCAUGAUCUACUGUUUCGGAAUCCCCGACGUCGUUUCACGGAGGAUCUGCUCAAAUCUGGUCUGAUGCAAGUGUUUCUUGCUCUGGACUAUUUGCAUACUGAAUGCAAGGUUGUUCAUACGGAUAUAAAGGGCGGUAACAUUCUACAAGCAAUUGAGGAUGAAUCACUCCUGGAUGCAUUUACUGCCGGUGAGAUGGAAAGGCCUUCUCCACGCAAACUCGCUGACGGGGUGCCGGUGUAUGCUUCGCGACGGUUCGGGCUACCCAGAUCAUUUGGUCGAACGGUCCUGAACGACUUUGGUUCUGCGGUACGCGGGGAUGAGAGCAGGGAUCAUGAUGCGCAGCCUGCAGUGUACAGGUUACCGGAGGUAAUGUUGCAAGUGGAGUGGAGUUAUCCGGUGGAUAUCUGGAACGUGGGUGUUAUGAUCUGGGAUCUGUUUGAAGGCAAGCAUAUGUUCUACGGGGAGGAUCCUGACGGAAAAGAAUACUCGACACGUGCACAUCUAGCUGAGGUCAUUGGUCUUUUGGGGCAUCCUCCGUUGGAUCUAUUGCAACGGGGGAAGCGAAGCCACGAGUUCUUUACUGAAGACGGACGGUGGAAGCAAGACAUCGUUAUCCCCUAUACCGGAGGACUUCAAUUGUCAGAGGAAUACCUCGAAGGAAGCAACAAGGAGGCAUUUUUGAAUUUCAUGAGAGGGAUGCUUCAGUGGCGACCUGAAGACAGAAAGACGGCAGAUCAGCUGCUGCGAGAUGCCUGGCUGAAUCGAGAGACAGUUUAGUUUAUAGAAUGUCGUCGUAGCUGAAUUAUGAUUGCAGCGCUG